AUGGCCGCCACGUGGACGGUGCUGCAGCUGCCAGCUGGCGCGGCGUCGUGGAUGGUUUGGCGGCAAGGCGGAUGGGCGAGGCAGCGCGGUGCGAUGGAGAUUUACUUGGUGCAAUUAGCCGUUGGAUUUCUUUGGCCAAUCGUCAUGUUCCGUCUGAAGAAGAUCGACGCGGCGGCUGCAGUUGCAGGCGCCCUCACCGUCUCCUCCCUCUCCACCUUCCUUGCCUUCUACCGAGCCUCGCCCGUCGCCUCACUGCUCUACCUCCCGAUGCUCGUCUGGCUCGGCCUUAUCUCCGCAAUCACCUACUCCAUCUGGACCAAUCACAGCGUGCUCCUCGACAAGCUAGAGUGGGACGAUGUGCUGGCGACUGCUAAGAAGAUCUGGAGGGAUAUCCGGGGGCUGACUGGCAGCGGUGGCAGUGGCAGCAGUGGUAGUGCAAGCAGCGGCAGUGGUGGCGGGGGGAGUGGGUGGGGUGCAGGGGGGUGGGAUGGAGGGGAGGAGGGGGGGAGUGCGUUUGGGUGGUCUGCUGCUCCUAGCAACCAGAACAACCGCCGUGAUUGA